UGGUUGUAGUGUUUCUUCUUAUUGAUUCAUUUAUUUCAUUUUGAUUGUCUGUCGUAUAAUUCUUUUUAUUUUGAUUGGUUAGUUAUUAGUUAAUUUAUUAUUAUUGGUCGUGUUUAAUUCUUCAUAAGUUAUUGGUUCGCGGCGUCACGUGCGAAACGCGGGACGUGACAUCCCCGCCCUUGGUGUUCAAAUUUCCGAAGGAAAUUUGACUGAUCGUAGCAGAUGUAGUUGCGAUUGGUUGUUGGUCCAUCCUAACGGGCAACAGCGCGAACUACAAUUCCUUAUAUCAAAAGAUUUCUUUGGGGUUAUUGUGUCGUGUUAAGAUUGACAUUUAUGCAUUGCAGACAAAAUAUCGCGGGUUGGAGUUUUGUUAUUUGUAUUUCGCACAAUCUACAACGCGCUCUUUGAAUUUGUAUGCAUAAAAACGUGUUGGAGGGUCUUCGUAUGGGUCGCGAUAGCCUAAGUCUAGAUUAUCGUACCCGUCUUUUUAUUGUUUUUUAUUAGAAAUAUAAUUUAUUUGUAAGGUAUUAAAGUUACUACAUACAUGCGUUGAUUGGUGGUGGAUGUCCCUAAUAUGUGGCGACUUUUGCCAAUAUCGAAUUAAUUAUCUAUCUGUUAAUUAUUUUUAACUUCAUUUUAGUAGGUGACGUGUAAUUCAAAUAAAAUUAAUAUUAUUUAUGUAUAUGUGUUUCAUUGCGCGUGCGUAAGGACUAUUCCCUAUUCGUGACAAUCUAAGAUGGCCGUUCAUGAAUGUCUCUAGUAUACGGUGAAUUUUAUUAAUGCGGUUUUGUUAUUUAUUUGUUAAUUAUUUGUGACUUUAUUUUAGUAGUUGACGUAUAAUUGAAGUGGGAAUAAUAUUAUUCUGUAUUUAUUUUAGUGUGUAUAAUUAUUGCAUGUAGUUCAUUGCGCAUGCGUGAGAACUGCUUCAUGCUUGCGACGGAUUUCCAAAAUGGAUGUUUGUGUAUGUCUUAAAUAAGAGUGUGGUGUUUUGUAAAUUUGUUUGAUAUUGUAAUAAUUGUUUUGUUACUUAGUUUCAACUCCGUUCUAGCGAAGUAUCAACGGUGUUGUUUUGUGUUCGUCGUAAUGUUUUCUCAAAUCCUAUUCCUUCGAUGCUGCGUUACCGUGUGUAAGGCAUCAUCCGGUUUUCAUUAUAUUCAAAAUACUUACUACAGAGACCUUUAUUCAUCCUAUAUUUUUACUUCGUCUUUAUUCUCCAAGUCUACACGCUACGUCGCUCAUGCAAGAUACCUACCCAACGUAAUUGGCAAUUUUGUUCUGGCAGUCGUAUUCUAUGUUCUACGGAGUGGAUCCAUAAUUUAUCUCUGCGGAAUUCCUGCAUGUACACUUCCUUCUACAAUGAUUAAUUGUGGACUAGGUUUCCACUAUAUGCACUAUUCGACAAGCAGUGUCGCACUUACUUUGGUUUAACCACGAUAUUGUUAUAAUCGUUUAGUACUAUUAUAUUUUGUAUUAAGGUAAUUGAGGUUAAUUCUUUCAUUUAUUUCAGAUGGCUGUUAUACGUUAUGUUUUACGAAUAUGGGCUUAUGGCCUGUCUUUGCAUAUACACUUCCUUUUACAAUAGUUAAUUGUUCACAAGGUACUUUUCACUUUCACCGUUUUAAUCACUUUAUUGAAUUAAUACAUUUUAUAUUUGAGUAAUGUUUAGAAAGUACAUAGUAAUUUCCUUUUCUUUUUAGGUUUCCAUUAUCCGCAUUAUUCGACGAGUAGCACUACACUACAUACUACUGUACUGUGUUACCUUCUGAAAACGUUUCGUUUAUUGUUUAUUUCGGUUAUGCGCUAAUUUUAACUUAUUUAAGUGCACUGUUCGCGGAAUCCCUUUCACUUCAAUCAUGACGUUUUAGUUUUCUAAAAUUUCUAACACUCUAUGCGGUCCCGAAUAUUGGUCGGAAAAUUUUCCUCUUUUGGGUUCCUUUAAUAGAUAUACUAGAUCUCCUAUUUUGAAAUUUUGCGGGUUGAUUCGUCUGUCAUAGUAUUCUUUUGACUUUAAUUUGGAUUUUAUCAGAUUUUCUCUUGCCAUUUGUUGAACGGUGACGAUUUUAUCGAACAGGUCUCUGAGAUACUCUGCAUAUGUUGGUUCCAUAUUCUCCUCGGUUAUCAUCUCGCCAGUAGGUUCUCUGGCCAAGUGCCCAAAGACUAGUUCGUGUGGGGAGAAUUUUAUUCCUUCGUGUAAAUCUCGAAUCGUUAGUAUAUAUCCAUUUUCCUUGCGAACUAAUAACCUUUGUUGCAUUGGGUUCAAGACUACCAUGUAUCUAAUUACUACUUUCUUCCUUUUUUUCAUUUUGGUUUUUAUUUUGCGCCAAGACGCAAGUUUACUAUCACCAAACCAAUUAUCAAGUUGUUCGCCAAUAGCAUUCAAAAUACGAAGUCUUGUAAAUGCCAUAGCUAUAUUAAACCAUAAAUAUUUUGGAUAUAGUAUAGUAUGAUACCAUCUAUAGUUUCCAAGAGGAAUCAUUAGAUCAGCAUUUUUGCUGGCUACAUCAGACACUAGGUAUAGUAACCAAUGAAGUAUUUUUACUCCAAUUGUAAUCCAAUGGCUAGCGUAUUUACUCAAGGUUUCAUAUGCGCCUUCGACUGGUGAUUCUCUAUUUUCUUCUUUUCGAUUUCCUUGAGCCCGUUUAACUUGUGUUUUUCCAGCCUGAAUAUGUUUAGAAUUCUUUUCCUCGGUCACCCCUUUUCCUUCUUUAUUUAUUUUAUUCACAACCUGUUGAGUUUUCUCUACUUUUUUAGAAUGAAUAGGUUCACUGGAAGUGCUUAUUAUAUGUAAUUUAUUAAUUACUUGUAUGGGACGUUUAGGAAUAUUUUCAGUAGAUUUAGAAUUAUUCUUUGAAUUUUUAUUACAAACCUUUUUCCUUAUAGAUUCUGUUUUGAGUUUAGGGAUGGCUAUACUUUUAUUCUCUAUAGUCUGAGUUUUCUUAGAAUUUAAUGGCUUGACUUUGAGUUCGAUAAAGUUACUUUCUGAUGGUUUUAUAGAAGUUUUUGAGGGUGAUACGCUCGCUAUCUCUUUUCGUAUUAUAUUUGAAACGUUCACAAAAUUCGUGGAACCUUGCUUUUGUAUUCUUGCCGAGUCAACCGUGAUAUUAGGCAGGGGAUAAACGUCGCCUUUUCUUUCGUCGUUCAAUUUCCUAGUUUCUGCCUCUUCUGAAAGUUCUUUGAUAUUAGUGUUGUUUAUUUUGGCUGGGGAUUCGGGAGAUUUUUCACUCAUGAUUUCGUCUGUGCUGCCGUGCGUCCUCUUGCUACUUAAAGUAACAUCGUCUUUUAUCACAGCAACGGAACAGUGUUUGUAUUGGAAGGUUGGUUGUUUCAAAUAAUCAGCAUCCCUCCUUUGACUUGGAUCUCUUUUGAGAUGUUUAUCUACGCAUUUUUCUUUCCAGGUUAUUGCUCUUGCUCUUUUCCUAAUAUCUUUCUCUAUUCCCGGGUCGCUUAGACGAUUCCGCGACGGCGAUACAAAUCUCCAAUCCUGGUGGUGGUUUCUGAUGUUGUUACUAUCGUAUAGGACGAGUCUUGUUUCCAUUAUAAUUAUUCGGAGGUGUCGGACGAUUCUGCGUCGGCGGCACGAAUCUUCGAUCCUGGCGGUUAUUUCCGUUGAUAUUACGGUUGUUGUUACAAUUGUUGUCGUUGUUAGGGCGAGAGCCGUUCCAGUUAUAAUUGUUUGGGUUUCCUAGUCGUUGACAUCGCGAUCUAUUAUUUACUUCUUUCAAUUCUCUUGUAGCUCUCACGGCUUGGCAAAACGCGUCGUCUAGGGAUUGAUAUCCGGCUAAUUUUACCCGCAUAAAUACCUCGUUUGGGAGUCCUUUAACGAAGGCUUCUGCCGUGUCCCAAUCUAUAGUGUCUUGGACAUCCGCGGACACGGUAUCAAAUCCGCAUCUUUCCUCAUCCAUUAUUGCUAGCCUGAGAUUUUUGACGCGAUCUAUGUAAUCUAGGAUCUCUUCCCCCAGUCGUUGAAAUACCGUCGCUAGUUCACCUCUGUAUUCGUUAAUUGUUUUUCCCGGACCGAACAUAUUUUUUAACCUAUUUCCGAAAUCGUUCAGGGUUAAUACUACACCGUCCUCUACGGCGAGAAACGCGUGUCCGCGUAGUUUGUUCAUCAAUAAUUUAACUAAGUAAGGUUCUUGACUUCUUGGCACCAUACUUCGAGCUCGUUCGCAUGCCCUUAAAAAUUGAAAUACCGGUGGUCGAUGGUCGUCGAACACUGGCACUGACUGAAUCGCGUCUUUUAGUUUAAUUGGUUGAAAAUUAUCAUUAAUGGGUCUUAUUCCUCGCGGAAUUAACGGCGUCGAUGUGGGAAUUUCGGUAUCUCUCGAUUCCCUACUUGCACGCAGGUCUUCUUCCACACUGCUUAGACUUGCAUUAAUGUCGGUUAGUACGCGAAAAUUCUCGUCCCACGCUUUCAAUUUUUCCGACAACAACAUAAUCGUGUCCUCGUUUAGUGAGUCUCGUGCGACCGCCAUGUUUUUUUUUCCUUUUUGUAUAUGUUUAUGUGUAUGUUUCAGUUAAUAAACUGAAAAACUUUAAACCUA